AUGGACGCCACGUGUGUGAACUUGAUCAAUAAGGCUAUUAAGGGUUCUAGUAUAUAUGGUACUCCAGUCUCCAAUUCAUUUCACCAAGUUGAAGGGAGCUCUGAUUCGGAGACCUCACUCUUAUUACAAAUAUGCCACCGUCUAAAAAAUUUUAGAAUUCAAGCCAAGAAUUAUUUCUUGACUUAUCCCCACCGUUCUCUUACAAAAGACGAAGCUCUUACACAGUUACAAAAUAUUUCUACCCCAGUAAAUAAAUUAUUUAUUAGGGUUUCCAGAGAAUUACACGAAGAUGGGGAACCUCAUCUCCAUGUGCUCAUCCAAUUCGAAGGCAAGUAUGUCUGCACCAACAAUAGAGUAUUCGACUUCACUUCCCCAACCAGGUCAGCACAUUUUCAUCCGAACAUUCAGGGUUCUAAGUCCUCCUCCGAUGUUAAAACAUUCGUGGAGAAAGAUGGAGACUUCAUUGAUUUUGGAGUUUUCCAAAUCGAUGGCAGAUCAAGUAGAGGAGGUUGCCAAUCUGCCAACGAUUCAUACGCAAAGGCCAUUAAUUCAGAAUCAACCAUUAAUGCCCUUAAAAUAUUAAUGGAGGAACAACACAGAGAUUAUAUUAGAGAUUUAGAUAAAUUAAGGGCUAAUUUAGAUAGACAUUACUGCCCUCCUAAACAACUAUUUUUUUCAAAAUGGAACCCACAAAGAUAUGUGGUCCCAGAUGAUAUAGAGCAAUGGUUAGGUGAGGUUUUCGAAGACCCAUCUGCGAGGCUAGUGAAUAAUAAUAGUAGUGACAGACGAUUGAGUCUGAUACUGGAGGGGCCAAGCAGAACAUGUAAGACUGCUUGGGCAAGAUCAUUAGGCGUUCAUAAUUAUAUUUGUGGUCAUUUAGAUUUUAAUGCUAAAUCUUAUUCCUAUAAUGUAACUUAUAACGUCUUUGGUGACAUAUCCCUAAUAAGAGUGAGGUCUCCGAAUCAGAGCUAG